GCUUUGGUCGGAUGAAAGAGACGACAGGAGCUCGGGCGCGAUUCCCAUCCAGGCUCGUGUUGGUGCCACGAGUGUUCAGUCAUAGAUGCCACAAGGGUUUCUCGUCACCUUCAUGCUCUGCAAGCAUUCACAAUCACUGCCCCAUACUCCUCGUCUCGACUUCGAACACAAUUCGACUAUUCACUCCACCUCCACUAUCGAAUACGACCUCAUUCUUCUGCCAGCCGCAGACAUGCCAACAAACAUCCUCACGCUCCCCCCCGAGCUUCGCAUCAUGAUCUGUGAAGAGAUACUUCCCGACAUAACCAUCGCAUCCCACCUACCGCUUCCACCGAUUCUCCUUACCCACCCCACCAUAACGCAAGACAUCUAUCGGCUCUGCCAAAUUCGUCUGCAUGUCCAUCUCAUAUCGACACACAAAUGCAGACAAGCCAACAUCGACAGAAUCAAAGCUUUCGAAGAAGUAUUGGGAAGAAAGGGGAUGGUUCUGGUGCUACAGCCUUGCGUCAAGGAUCUAUGGGGGAGGCGGGUGACUGUGACUAAAAAGCAAAGUCCAAGUCUCUGGAGUGGAAUUAUCGAGGUCUUUGGGGAGAGUGCUGUCGAGGGUUAUCGGAAGAUGGGGAUACAUGCUAUCGUCGCGGACAAGUGACGGUACACUCUUGCUCGAUCGUUCAGUUGCAAUGUUGUAACCAGUAUUCUGCGGUGAAAGAGCAAUUCUUCCUACCUCUUCCGACCGCAUGGCCUAGCCCGUCUCAAACGUAUUCCCAGAACCCACUGCAACCUCCUUUCGACGGCCCCCGUUCCAAAAAAAAAUCACACAACUCUCUCCCACCUUUUGUGAUUAUG